AUGAAGGGCCCUCGUUUUCGACAUCCUUCUGACUCGCAGUCUACAGACAAAGAUCAAAAGACAGAUAUCCAAUCCUCGCUGCCGCCAUCGCGACGCCCGACUGGAGCCGCCGCGAGUGAUACUCCUGAUUACUUCAACUCCGUGCAUAACCCAUUCUCGCUGGAGCCCAAUCCAUUCGAGCAGUCCUUUAGUGGCGGCAAUCCUGGCGACACCCCCGGCAAGUCGCUGCUGCCGCCUGUCGCUUCCCUUACCUCCCCGGCCAUACCUGGCGCAAGCUCCGGGGGUGGCUACAACUGGUCCAACUCCCUCCGCUCUGGGCCCCUGAGCCCCGCCAUGCUUCCCGGCCCAACUGGAUCUAAUGAUUACUUCGACAGCAUCGGCAGAGGUUUCCCAACACCCAACGAAUCGUCCCUCCGCACCGGGCUGACCCCGGGGGUGCUUCAAAACGGCGGUGCUACCCCGUCGACUAUCGAUUUUCAUCGCACCGCGUUGACCGCUAAGAAGAACAGCACGAAUGGUCAAGCGAACGACCAGGACCAGGGCCAGAACGCGAUGAUGGACACCAAGCCCCCUCAACCCGCACCUGCGGACCAAUUUACACAACACGAUGCCGCCGAUGCUGCCAACGGUCUUUUCAUGCUUGCCAAGGGUGGGCAGGCCAACAACAUGCAGAUGAAUCAAAAUAUUCAAAACGACCCGCGCGCCGCCGCGGCUGCAGCUGCAGCACGUCGCGUGUCACAAAAUCCUAACGGCACCAAUGGUCGAGAAAUGAGCGGAGAUAGUUCUGAGCAGGAGCCUGCCAGGGGUGGUAAGGGCAAGGGCAAGAAGGGCGCUGCUGCUAAGGCGCCUGCAGCUAACAACCGGCGCAAGGCCGAUGAUACGCCCAGAGGCUCAAACAAGAAGUCCAAGCUCAACAGCGUUGAACCGCCAUCGGACCUGGAUUCUGAAGAUGAAGAGAUGAAGAAAUUGACAUCUGCGGACCCCAAGAAAAUGACUGAUGAGGAGAAGCGACGCAACUUCCUGGAGCGUAAUCGUGUCGCCGCCUUGAAGUGUCGUCAGCGCAAGAAGCAGUGGCUGGCCAACUUGCAGGCCAAGGUUGAGCUGUUUACCACUGAGAACGACGCGUUGACUGCUACUGUGACACAACUCCGCGAGGAGAUUGUGAACCUGAAGACACUCCUGUUGGCCCACAAGGACUGCCCUGUCUCUCAGGCUCAAGGAUUAGGUCCUCUGAUGAUGAACGGCAUGUCCGCUGGCUUCGAUCCUCAUGGUUACGGCAUGGCUAGCCAAAUGGGUAUGCAACCUGGUCCACCGAUCACUGCCCAGGGUAUGCGCCGAUAA